AUGGACGACAAUAAUCAAGAUAUGGUAGGGUUAUUGGCUAGAGAAAUGAAUUCUAUCUUUUCUCCUUCAAUACAAAACCUAAACAGAACCAAUCAAGAUAACUCUGAGACAUGUCAACAAUUGUCAGUACAGAUGGGUCAAAUAGAAAACUUUUUAGGCGCUUCUGAGACUUUGGUGCGUCGAAGAACAAACCAAAUAGUCAUUCAGGAGGAUGAACCAACCAUCAAUCAAGUUCGACCACCAAGACCACUCCCCGAAACGGAACCCUUGAGGGCAGGAUUAGAACAACAACCAGUUCGACAGGAGAUCCAUGAAGAACAACCUAAGAGGGUAGUGAUGGUUGAUAGAAACCAAAAUGUUGAUGAAGUGAUUCACAGGAUUAGACAAAAUAACAAGAUGGAGAAUAAUUUGACUGCUAUGAUAGAGAGGAUCAUUGCCCAAAUGGGUUGCAAGAUUCCUAAGUUUACCAAAUUUUCAGGGGAUACUAGUGAAUCUACCAUAGAGCACAUAGCCAGGUAUAUGACAGAGGCUGGAGAUUUGGCGAACAACGAGGAUCUGAGGAUGAUGUAUUUCCCCAGUUCUCUAACCAAGAACGCUUUCACAUGGUUCACAACACUACCACCAAAUUCUCUAGAUACUCGGUCUCAUUUAGAGAGGUUUCGUUUGUUAAAAGCUAGAUGCUUUACAGUGGUGCCUGAACACGAAUUAUUCGAAAUGGCCGCUGGAGGUUUAGAUUACUCCAUCAGGAAGAAAUUGGACACUCAAUAUCUGUGA